AUGCAAUCCGCAGAGCCCUCUCCGCGAAUUGGUUCCAUAAAGAACGCCAUCGAUGCAUUCCGGCAAGGGAAGUUCAUAAUCGUACUUGAUGCGGCAGACCGUGAGAAUGAGGGUGAUUUGAUUAUUGCCGGCGAGUCGGUCACAGAUGCGCAGAUGGCGUUUUUGGUGCGUUAUACAAGUGGCUUAGUUUGCGCUACUGUCACCCCUGAAAUUGCCCGUCGUGCUGGUCUGCCUCAGAUGGUAACCAAUAACACCGAUCCAAAGGGGACUGCCUACACAGUGUCGAUUGAUUCCAAUGACCCUUCGAUCACAACCGGUAUAUCAGCCCGGGAUCGGGCUAUGACCUGCCGUGCCCUCGCAUCUGUCUCUGUCCGCGCAGAUGACUUCCGAAGGCCAGGUCACAUCAUGCCUCUCCAGGCUAGAGAAGGCGGCGUGCGUGAGAGGAUGGGCCAUACGGAAGCUGCGAUUGAAUUUUGCCUUUUGACGGGGAAGCAGCCUGUGGGUAUCCUUGCAGAAUUGGUCAAGGAUGGGGAGUCUAUUGAAGGCGAGCCAAAUAUCCACGAUAGUGGUAUGAUGAGGAGAGAUGAAUGCCUAGAGUUUGGAAAGCGAUGGGGAAUCACCGUGUGCACAAUUCAAGACCUGGUGGCUUACCUCAACGAAGGGGGUAUUGGGAACAUUUAG